UGCACUCAUUACUGCUACGGCGCUGCAUAACAAACACCCACUGCACGUCCGCUGGCCUCACAAGUCUUCCUUAGCCCCUACAAAACCCAGCCGCCUCGCUCAUUACGCUGCUGAAUUGUCUCACUUGAAAUUUUGCUACGUUGGCAGGUCAGGCCACAGCACAAUGCUCUCCCACGCAGCGCCCGAGGAGUUCCAAGCGGACAUCAUCUUCAGUCCAAAUAUGCACGCCGACGACACGCAAUUCACGUUCCUCGAGUUACCGAAAGAAAUUGCAGAUCGGUAUUUCAAGGAAGAUGCUGAGGAGGAUGGCGGAUGCGUGUUGGGGGAACGGACUGGCCUAGUCAUCCGCGGCCUAGAAUCCGACGAAGCCGUCCUCUGCACACCCACCACGACCUACGCCCUCCGCAGCGUCCAGACAUCAAACACCAUGUUACUCCUCCGUGAGUCCGUCAGAGAUGUAGAUGAGAUGGACACUGGCGGGGAAGCAAGACGGUUGUACGAGAUCCACGAAGCGAUGACAACUUACCAGGAGAUGGUGCCGUGUCAGCCGCGGUUGGAUCGGUUGAGGCAGUUGUUGGAGGAGGCGAUGUAUAGGGGGCCCGGGGAGGAAGCGGGGAUAAGGGCAAGACGGAAACAGGAUGGACAAGAGAUGAAGCUUUAUACCACGGACGACUUCCGGGAUAUGAUCCAGGCUAGUGAUGCGGAGAUACAGAAGGGGCUUGAGGAUGUGGGCGCUGUGUUGAUGGAUGGCCGCUGGCGGCUCUUGGAUUCAAGCUACAAGACCUCCACCCUCAAAUACCUCCUCAUAUCCGCGAUCGCCGAAGACAUGUCUAUCGACAGCCUACCGGAAUUGACUUGCGUAGCGUUGAUGAAGGAAGAAGGCGUCCCAGAAUGUGUUGUGAGACAGCUGUUGCGGUAUUUUGCGAAUGAGGUGGAGGAGAGGGAUGGAGAAGUGUUCUACAAGUUGUCAGAGGACAAGAUUGGACGGUAUCUCGGGGAGCAGCUGCUUGCGACCGCUGAGCUCCGCCAAACCCCCCUCGCAAACUUCAUGCGUACAUGGCGCGAGCACGUACCCGAAAACAUCUCAAUCGACAUACAAAUGCUGAAGGGCUUAUGUCUCCUCGAAGAAUCACCCAACAAAACAGUCAUCCAAUACUUCCCUAAAUCGUUGUUACCAAUGGACGCCAAAUCGCGCUUCGAAACGCUGUUUAGGUGUAGGAAGAAGUGGAGUGGGGCGGAGAUUAUGCCUUACGUUGAGGAUUUGGCACCGACUGCGCAGAAAUUGGAUGCGGUAUUGUUGAAGUUUGCGAGGGUUUCGAGGGUGGGCGGGACGACGUUUUAUACGAGUCGGUAUGCUGUUAAGUGAGGGGUGGUAUCGUAUGGAAUGGAUGGACAUGCAGCCGGCGAGGGGGGACUGGGCGGACAGACGAGCGGGUAGAUUCGAAGUUUCCCCGGUGGCAUCAGCAUGGCGUAUUGGACGGGAAACCACCCCUCCCUCACAUUUGUCGCGGCGGCGUAUGUUCAACAGCGCUCUCAGUAACGUCAUAGCCCCCUGCAUUCGACGAUAUUCAUCGCGGCGCCGUAUGUCCUGUGAUAGUACUCCCCUUUCCGAUAGUUUGUAGCAUAUAGAUUAAUAGAAACAUGGAAGAUAGACCCGCCAGUGUA